AUGGUCCUCAAGGAAUUUCUCGACUCAGACCGAGUCAACUUUCUCAUCUGGAGGUAUUUGCUUGAAGGCAACUACAGAGAAACAGCCGCCAAAUUCCAGAAGGAAUGGCACGUCAAGGAGCCGCAACGGGACUUUGAUUUUGCGCGCCAUGUCAAGGGCCGUGCUCUAGUGUCCGUCGUCAACAGCGGCCUCAUCUACUAUGCUCUCGAGCGAGAGCACUCACGCCGUCAGAUGCCUGAAGAUGCGGCCGCACAAGCCGAGGCGUUGCGCAACGGCAUCUUUGGGCCGUUAGAAGUCCAGCCGCCGGCAAAGAUGGAGGAGGAGGACGAAGAUGCACCCGGAGAGGACGACGACGAGGCAGAGCUGUCGCGAAAACGGAACCACAACUCCCUGCCCAAUGGGUCGCCUUCCAAGCGCCCACGGCUCAGCAACGGCUGCGAGAGCAAAUCCGAUGCAGCCACGGUCAGCACCCCCAUGGAUGUGGACCAGCAAGACAGCCACCACGCCGACGACGACCAGAGCCUGCACGACAACCACGCCUAUCCAUCUCCGCUGGAAGGAGAGCAGGUUCCGCUGCCGAUUGUACGGACGGAGGGGCCCGAGCAAGGCACGCAGGUCGACAAGGUCGAGCAGCUGUUUGCCGGCACCACCUUCAUCCGCCUCAUGGACGGCUGCGCCACUGAAACAGCGCCUUCGCCCUCUCCAGCUGGCUCUGGCUCUGAAAACACUCCCAUUCUGCUGCAGUGCGAGUGGAACCCGAGAGACCCAUCAAUCCUCGCGGCUGCUGGGACCGAUGCGCUAGCCCGUGUUUGGACCGUUUCGCGUGCUACAGCAACUGACCACGGCCAGUAUCACGUGUCACCCCACGCCCAGGCCUUGCUUGAUCCCGACUCUCCAAGGUCGACGACGGUGACGGCGCUGGCCUGGACAUCGGACGGCGCCUCCAUUGCCGUGGCCAGCGAUUGCGGAGGAUCUCGUGCCGCCAUCCAUCUGUGGUCUGCCGGCGGUGAGCUUGCCCAGUCCCUGGACGUGACGGAGCCGCCCAUUGUCAAGCUGCUAUGGAACCCCAGCAACACGGCGCUGCUCGCCAUUUCCCCGGAGAAUAAGGUCGACACGCUGGUGACGGUGCACUCAAUAGGCUCCAACCAGUCCUUCCGGUAUCUGCUCCCGGGCCACAGUCUCGAUGCGGGCUUGGACGCAACGUGGACGGGCGACUCGGAGUUUCUGAUUUGCGGCGCCGGCACUUUCGAAUGCCUGAGCCUGGGCGAGACGGCCAUUCAGAGAACUCGAAAGUUCGAGACGAAGGAGGAUGACCACUUUGCCCAGGUUUUGUUUGACCCGCGGUCCCAGCUCGUUGCCACCUCGAGUGACAAGGGUGUUUUGGAUCUGUGGGAUGAAUCAGGGCAACGUCGGUCAAUAUCAGCCCACCAAGGGUCAAUUACAACGAUGGCUUGGCAGCCACUGCCGCCAGACCAAUCCGGACAGGAUGACGAGCGGUUAAUCGCCACUGGAGGAGAGGACGGCGCCAUUCUGAUCUGGAACGCUAGAAAACCCGAAAGCAAACCGAAAUGCUUCUUCACAAUGGAUCUGCCCGUCGUACGGCUCGCCUUUACGCCAGACGGAGCCUUUAUCGCAGGGGCCACGCCAAGGAGUGUUUUGAUAUGGAAGGUCGACAGCCAUUCCGUGCCUCGGGCUAUCUGGAGACCCUCCAGGGACGAGCUAGAGAACCUCAAGGGCAAUCAAGAUUCCGAAGACGAGGACGAGCACUGUCUGUGCUGGGACAGGGACGGCCAGAAGCUUGCUUACGGCGCAAACAGUCGUCUCGCGAUUAUCAGCUUCAGUGGUAAUAACAGUGGAUAG